UGUGUAUUAAGUAGGAGGUGCCCUGCUGCUGCACAUGAAAUUUCGUGGCUACUAUAUGGCUAGCAUGUUCAGUAAGCCCUUGAAGGAGCCGACAACCAGUCGAUAGUCGACGCGAUGGUGGUUUCGGUGGAACCGUAGGACGCUGAUCCCCCAGCCAAAAAGUCUCCAACAGCCAUGCAACAAACCAUCCAUCGACAACUCUGGAACGCCCUAGGACCGGCAACUUAUUACCCAAGCCGCCUGUCGGUCCAGGAUGCGAACCCAACCACCAACGAACCAUGAGCCCUUUCCGUCUCCUCUGGCGUUGGAUCGAAACACCUGCGAGAGAGAGUGGGUGCAGCGUCGUGGAUCGCUGACGAACAACCUAAAGCCCAUCGAGGCUAAGACCCAAGACUAUGGGGUUUUCUUCUGGGCUUCUUCUUUUUAGGCCUGGCCUGGGGCCGGCCGCUUCGUCUUCCAACCUCCCACUAGCUUACCAGCGCCACGGGGUGCUACUCCGCUGGAGCGUCACCCACACCAUCCGCUUCAGGGCUGCAACAGCGGGCGACCCCUCCGAAACCACUGGAACCCACAGCGGCCGUGUCACGACGCACAGCGCCUCGGCUUCAUUGUUGGGGGGGACGGCGCAUUUGCGGCGGCGGUGCCAGGGACUGCGACAAAGUUUCUUGUCUACGUGUCUGGGAUUGACACAGAGCCGGAUGGACAACAAGAGGCGGUCAGUUCCAGCUGGAGACGGGCCUCUAAUAUGUCUCUAGACUCUGGUCUCUCGUCGGGGUGGUACCCUCCGUACCCAACUGCCCAUUCUCCGUCUCCUCGCUCCGUAUUCUUCGGGCCCGACUGCAAGUGAAGACGCCCGGCACACCACCAACAUACACGGGCAGACACAAGCAACGACAACACAGUGCAUGGCAUCGCAUGGCAUCGCAGUGCAGCUCAGGGCAGCGCAUCGCAGCCUCGUGACUGGCGGGUUUGGCUUGCAACAGAGAGGGGGACAGGGGGAGGAAGACGAGAUGCCCAAUCAGAAACAGCAGGGGCCACGUCGCGACUUUUGUUAGCAUCAAUCCAAAACCGCCAGCGACGGUGAGAACGACUCCGAGGAUGACCAAGAACUGGGAGGAGUGGCGGAUGGUUGGCCUUGGCUCGCCGGGGUCGCGUGCAGAGGCGACAGCAGCAGCAGCAGCAGUAGCAGCAGCAGCGAGCUUCAGGUGGGUGAGGGAGGGGAUGGGGGGUCCUUUGCAAUGGUCUACCUCCUACUGCUAACGUAGUACGCACAAAAGACUCCGUUAAAAGGGCCUUGGAUCCCUGGCCCCUGCACGACUUGGGCCUGCUGCCCCGUAGCGAGGUCUUGUUUCUGGCUGCUUGGCUCGUCCCGUCUUCUAGAGUUCCGGGUUCUGCGUGUCGGCGGUGGGUUGAGAGGGUCAAGAUAUGUUACGCAGUGCAGUAGAGAAGGAAAGCCCCCCGCUCUGCUGACGAAGAGUGACGGUUGCCCUGUGGCUCAGUGGUUGAGUGGUUAAGUGGCCCGCUCCAGCGGCGCAUCCGUGGUGCAUUUGUGGUGCAUGGUACAUUCGUAGUCCCUCCUGUGGUCUAUCCUGUGGUCCUU